AAAAAGUGCAGGAGAAAAAAGGUAAUGAAACCUAGAAUACUUUAUGUUACUGUACACUUUAAGGAUAAAAGCUAGAAGCUAGAGUAUUAAUUAAUACAUUUUAAGGGUAAAAGCUAGGGGUUUAAUGAUUAGCUUUAAAACAUUGGGUGGGUGCAAACUGGGAUAAAUGUAAAGUUACAGGGAUCGACUUGGUAAAAAUUGAGAGUUAAAAAACUUCUUCGCUCUGGUUAGUAGAAAUUGAAUUCCCCCACUGCUGUUGGCUGACGGAACUCCCUGUGUUCUUCUCUUCCGUCUUCAUCUUCGUCUUCGUCUUCGCCUUCGCCUUCGUUCCAUACUUCCACGAAUGGUUACUAGUACUACAAUUAUCGUGCUUUAGUAUCGAAUAAAAACUUUCAGCUAGGGCAGGGAUGCAUCAAAAUUUUGUAGUGGAAAUCAGAAUUAGGUCUAAUUGAUUAAAUUCAAUUGGUAUUGGUGGUGGUGGUGCGGAGGAGGAGCAUAGGAAGAAAGGAAGAUGUUCGAAGGGCUAGUGCGGCAACUGAUAUUGGGGUACUUGGGUCGAUACAUCAGAGACAUCCAAAAGGAGCAGCUUAAGAUUACACUGUGGAAUGAAGAAGUUCUUUUGGAAAAUGUAGAGCUGAUUCUUGAAGCUUUCGAUUACCUUCAGUUGCCAUUCGCUCUCAAGCAUGGACGUGUUGGUAAAUUGAGCAUAAAGAUUCCAUGGAAAAAGCUCGGUUGGGACCCCAUCAUAAUUGUUUUGGAAGAUGUUUUUAUUUCUGCCUGUCAACGAGAGGACAAGGAGUGGUCUGUAGAUGAAAUUGAGAAAAGAGAAUUUGCAGGCAAAAAGGCUAAACUUGCUGCUGCAGAGCUUGCCAAACUGUCAAGACGUGUGUGUGAUGAUCAUGCUGGAAAAUCAUUUAGUUCAUACAUUACUGCAAAGAUUCUUGAUGGCAUACAAGUGUCUAUAAGAAAUGUCCACGUCCUAUACCGGGACAUGCUGACUGCUUCGGCGGUGACUGUAUUUGGUUUGAAGUUUUCUGGUCUGACUAUUAGCCGACAAAAUCUUGUUGGAUUGUCUAGUGGGAAAAUAAGAGGGGGCCAAGUCAAUAAAGUGAUUGAAGUUCAGGGGUUGGAGUCAUACUGUAGAACUUUUCAAGGGACUCUUGAUUUGAUGAGUAUGUAUGGUGGCAUUGAUUCAAAGUAUCAAGAUAAUUCAAGACCUGAAGGCGAUAAACAUGUUCACAUGUUAUCCCCAUUGAAUGUGUUAGUGUAUCUUUCGGUUAAUAGAUCAGGAAAGCUCGAGAACGAUGCUCCUCAGUAUAAUGUUAAUGUUGUUUUAACUAAUCCGGUUGUGUCUUUGGAUGAAGUUCAGUUGCAACAGAUUUUGACGCUUUGUGAUUAUUUAUCAACAUGUCCAAUGAGGGAGAAAUAUGGAAGGUAUCGUCCUUGGUGGAGUCCUUUAGGGGAAAAGCACAAAGGUUGGCAAAUAGCAUGGUGGCACUAUGCUCAGGAAUCUGUGCUGUCAGAUGUUCGAAAGCAGUUGAGGAGAACUUCUUGGAAGUACCUGGGAGAGCGUAUGAACCAACGCCGGAAGUAUAUUCAUUUGUAUAAAACCAAAUUGAAAUGUCUUCAACAAGAUCAGGCAAUCGAGGAAGAUGUUCUUUGCGAGUUGGAGGAAAUGGAGAGACUAUGUGAUAUAGACGACAUAUUAAGUUAUAGGUCUGCUGCGGAGCGUGAGAUAAAGGAUUUACUCGCGACUUCAUUGUCUAGCCGCGGAAGUAAUGGUGCCAACUUGGACAUGUCUUUGGAAGAUGAGCGUCCUUCAAACAAACCUCGUGGAUGGUUGAACUGGCUAUCACGCGGCAUGCUAGGGGCUGGUGGAACAGAUGAUUCUAGUCAGUUUUCUGGUGUUAUUUCGGAUGAUGCAAUCAAGGAUAUCUAUGAGGCAACGAAGUUCCGUCCUGCUCCAUCAAUGAAUGAAGAUGCUGCCAAAGCUGAUGAAAUCUUCUUAUCUUCAAUCAAGUUUAACAUUCAUCAAUUUACUUUUACUCUGCAGAGCGUGAGAUUGGGACGCGCAAUUGCUCAUUUGAUGCUUGAUAGUGUUUCCACUGAAUGCAAGAUUUGGGAAAGAUAUACUGGAAUCACUGCUACAAUUAAUGCAGUCCAGUUGUUUAAUCCAUUUAAUAAUCAAGUUAUUCUUAUGACAAAGAUUAACACCAAGGAAAAUGAACUCGACAUUGAACCAUCCGUAAGUAUCCAAGUUGAGGUUUUGCCUCGCAGUUGUGAAGUUAGUUCAUCAGUGAAGGUCAAUCUUCAGCCUAUUGAAGGGAAAUGUGACACAAGAUUUCUUAUGGAUAAUCUGGAGUUCUUUUAUAUCUUCGGCAAUUUCAAAUUUCAACAGGAAAGGAUUCUAUCAUCAAUUAAUGAGAUCAGUAAUGUCCACACGAGACUCCUGUCUAAAAUUGAUUGCAUUUUAUCAAAUCGAAAAAGCGUAAUGUGGGAUGUCAAUCUUGCCAAUCUUCUUUUUACGAUACCAUGGGUGGACAGAAACUUUGAAGAGCACAAAGUGGUAGUAGAACUUGGAGAUUUCACAUUUAAAUCUAAUUUUAAGAGGGGUUCUUUGGCUUCUGAUCUGCAAGGUCAUUCUCACCGUCAUCUGAGUGACUACUUGAGCUCCAGUUCCGGUGAUUUCUUCCCUAUGGGUUUCCAACUUGAUGAUUUCUAUGAUCACUAUCAGCUUAACUUUAGCAAUUUUGAGGUUCUAGUGUCAAUCCCUUGUUCAACUGAAGCCAUCCCAAUUUUCGAGAAAUUGAACUUUUCAGCGAACUUAGAAUCUUGCAUUAUUCCAGAUGAGGCAAUAUUGAAAAGAUUAGAUGUCUACAUCCACAUUCCAUCAAUUCUUUUCCACUUUUCGCCAUCUAUAUAUUGUAGCAUUUUGGGUUUAAUUGGAAAUUUUAAUGAGCUGCACUGCAAAUCAGAGUGUGCAGACCUGAAUAAUGGAAAUGAGGUUCAUAACAACUCAAAUGGACUUGGGACUUCUGAAGUUUUCUGGUUUUCUGUUAGUGCAAGUUUGGAGUUUGUUAAUUUCAAAGUUGACCUUGAAAAUGAAGUGGAAAAUGGCUAUGUUCUCCUGCUUUGCCCUUGGAGUUUAGAUGUUAGCUUCAAUCUGAAAGAGUUCCUGGAUUGCUGGAUGUCCAUGAAGGGAUUGCAGAUCGUUGCUUAUCCGAAGAAAAAUGUGGAAACCAAAUAUAUACUCUGGUCCUCUGGAGGAAAGUUGACUACUGAAUCUUCAGAUCAGGUUGAGAAGGAUUGCAAACUUACCAAUCAAAAUGAGAACUUUGAUGAUAAGACUGCAAGUGCCGAUGGGUGUUUGAAGCUGCAUUUUGAAUCUUACAAAGGAUUGGAGUCAGCUUAUGACAAGUAUUCAGUAAGCUUAAGUCACGUUGAGAUACACUGCUACCCAUUCAUAAUUGGCCUUCUGGUUGGAUUUUUUGAUAGAAUUUUGAAAAUUGGAACUUCUGUUGUUCAUCAAGACAGCUCUGUUGUGGAUGGUAAUUGUUCCUGCUCAAGACCUCAUUUUGAUUUUGAAAAGUAUGGUUUUUCUAACUUUGUUGAAGGAGGAUCCUCCGAGUGCAUGAGUAUUCCCUUGGAAAAUUUUCCUUUCACUACAAUCUGCAAUUCUGGUCCUAUUGUUGCUUUUGAGACUUUGGUUAACUAUGCCACUCCUCGGUGGAGGAAAUAUUUAGACUUGAGAGUCAGGAAAGUCCAAUGGAACAGGUGCAGUUUGAAAGAGGGGUCUACAUGCUUUUACCGCCAGUUAAAGAAACCCAAACAUAGUGCAGACCCUUUUUGGCAAAACUGCAGUAGUAAUGAAAUGUUUGAAGCUGAAUUUAACCUCAACAGCAUGAGGUUAUACUUUCAUGAUACGGCAUGCGUAGUUGGAACUAUAUCUUUGGCAACCUGUAAAUCAUCUCUUUCAGUUUGUGAUGGUUGUUUUGAUUUUCUGUGUUCUAUGGAGGGAUUAAUUCUUUCUUCAUCUUGGUGGCCACAAACUAUUGGUGGCUUCCUUUGGGGUCCCUUACUACCCAAUCUUUCUCCAAUUUUGAACGUACGUGCAAGGAAUGAUCCCAGUGGUUCAAUUGAAUUGAGUUUUGGCCUUCAACAUGUGUCCUGUACUUUACCGCCUGAGCUUCUCGCUGUGAUAAUUGGCUAUGCUUCCUCGCCUGAAUGGAGCUGCAAGUCUGAAGACAAUCCCAUUACCUCAGUUAACUCUGACUGUAGUGAUUUGGAAGUGAGCAGCUCCACCUUUUAUAAGUUUGAGAUACUAGACUGUGACUUGUUGGUACCUGUUAGGCAAGAUGGAUCUCAGUUUCUAAAGCUUGAUAUACAACAGUUGCUUGGUUGUUUUAUUGAAAACAGUGAUUUUAAAUUUGUGCUGAAGGAAAUUCCUUUUGAAUGUUUGGUCGUGGAUGACAAAAUUUCCAACAGAAAUCAUUGUUUAAACUUGUUUGGACGUGAUUUAUCUCUGUCGCUAAUGCUGAUGAAGGAUGACCUAUUUGAUUCCUCAAGUUUUGAUCUGAGUCCUGGAUGCCGGAAUGUUACUUUAAUUUCAUCAUUCGAUGCUGAUGUUUGGGUGAGAGUCCCCUUCCAGUUAGAGUCGUGUAAUGUUCCCUCUUCCUAUCCAAUUUGUGUAAUGUCAAAGAUUAUCAAGUGUCAGCUUGUUGCUGGAGGAAAAUGGACAGUUAGUGGCUUCAGGGCACUGGUGGAUAUCAUAAAUCAGUUUUCCUUGGUGGACAAACAAUCAAAAUUAUUCAAAUAUGAUGUUUUAGAGUUCCUUGAGUUGAAAAGGCAAAUGGAAGAUGGCACUGCGGCCUUGCUUGAAGAUUCAGCUGUUACCUCCACAGAUAUUAGGCUCUGCAUGAGGUCACUGUCCAUUAGGUUGUGUUCUCCAAAAAGUGAAUCAACUGUUUCUGAGCUUGUAGCAGAAGUUGAAAUGCAACUCAUGUGCUCUGCCUCAAUAGUGGAUGGCAAACCCUAUUCUGUCAAUGUUUCAUUAUCUUAUCUCACUUUCUUUUCAUCUCUGAAUUCUGUUAUGCUCGUGGAGUGCCCGUCUUCCAGCUCUAGCUUGUUAUUUCCUAGAAUGACUCUUUCAGUGUCAGAUCAGGGACAAAAUAAGGUUCUUGUGUCUCUUCCUUGUAUAGAUGUUUGGAUGCACAUGUUUGACUGGAGACAGAUCUUUGUAUUACUUGGUGACUACCAACCACAAACUUCCAGAAUGUCUACCGUAGAUGCAUUACCAAAAAAUUACCAUGCCAUUGAAAAUUUGGCAAUUACUGUACAAUCUCCUACUUUGUCAAGGUCUUUAUCAUCAGAAAACCCAAGGAAUGAAGCUGGUUUUUCUGCUGUAAAGUUGGAAGGAGUUAGCAUAACUACUUAUAUUCCUGUUCAAGUCAAUCGAGAAAUAUUUAGCAUACUUGAAGAACCCCAAACCCAAAACCAAUUGCCCUUUGACAUUAUACUUGGAAAUCAGCAUGUAUUUCUUGCUUUUGCCUUUCAAAGUAGUUGCAGUGAGAUGGUUAGCAGUGGCAAGAAUGUGAUCCUGACUGUCAAAUUGGAAAAAGUGGGUGGGAUGCUGGUGCUAUGUAAGGACAAUAUUCCAAGAUCCUGGUCGCUUUUUGAAGUGUUUCAGGUCAAUCUGGGAUCUGAAGUUUUAAAUCACCAGAUCGAGGAUGCACAAGUAAACAUGGAUAUCUAUUGUGACAGUCUUGACAUAUGGCUUUCAAAUGAUACGUGUUGCUUGUUCCGCUAUAUGUUGUUUGAAAUUCCAGAAUCUGGGCCUUCUCAACUCAUGUUCAACGGUAUUAUAUUUAGUGCACAACUAAAAAAAGUCUCCAUUCUUUUAACUGAUGCUAAGUGGAGUUCAUGUGGGCCUUUGGUUGAGAUUCUGAUGAGAAACCUGCUCUUUAAUUGUAACAUAACACAAACUGAAUUGGAUGGAGCAAUUGAGGGCGAUCUUCAAGCAAACUACAACAAUAUUGAUGAGGUCUUGUGGGAGCCCUUUGUAGAGCCCUGGAAAUUUCAGUUAAGCAUAUCCAGAAAGCAUGAUAAUAGUUCUCUCCUGGACGGUGCAAUGAUGACCCAUGCACAUCUUAAAUCAACAACCCAGCUUAACUUAAAUCUUACUGAAUCUCUGAUUGAGGUUAUUUACCGGACGACAGAUAUGAUGAAGGAUGUCUGGGAGCUGCCAGAAAUAACUACUCGAUCAACUAGUCCAAGAUUCUUUAAGUCUCAGAUAAAGGAGAAUCUAGAUACCAGAAGAUAUGCUCCGUAUAUACUUCAAAAUUUAACUUCCUUGCCCUUGGUUUUUCAUAUUUGUGAAGGGGAGCUUGUUGAAUAUGAGAAUGCAUUGCCCUCAAAAGGUGGAUAUAUACUGCAAGCUGGUUCUUCAGUUCCAAUAUAUGUUGAUGAAACUCCAAAGAAGCAGCUUUUCCAUGAUAGACUUGUUCAAUCAUCUGAAAGACACUAUAGCAAGCAAAUAGUUGAGGCAGCUCACAGUUUUAUUAUUAUACAACUAGAGGGCACAUCAAUACCUUCUCCUCCAAUUUCAAUGGAUCUUGUAGGUCUUAGAUACUUUGAGGCGGACUUUUCCAAGCCAAAUACUAGAUCUGGAAUUGUUGAUGGUGUGGAUAAUUCAACAGGAUGUAAAAAGGCACAAGGGGAUGGUAGGACAGAGACAAAGAGUGGCUUUGUCAUUCCUGUGGUUGUUGAUGUAUCAGUCCAGCGCUACUCGAAGUUGCUGCGAGUAUAUUCAACAGUUCUACUAAAAAAUGCAACUUCUGUGCCUCUUGAAGUGCGUUUUGAUAUUCCAUUUGGUGUGUCUCCAAAGAUUCUAGAUCCUAUAUAUCCAGGGAAGGAGUUUCCUCUGCCUUUGCAUUUGGCUGAAGCAGGUCGAAUGAGAUGGCGCCCUCUUGGCGAUACUUACCUUUGGAGUGAGGCUUAUAACGUCUCAAAUUUAGUUUUGAACGAGAGUAGGACUAAUCUUCUGCGUUCCUUUAUGUGCUAUCCAUCUCAUCCUAGCAGUGCUCCUUUCCGCUGCUGCAUAUCAGUUGAUAAUAGGUCCUUGCCUGCAGUCAAUGGACUGAAGAGAAGUUUCCCUUGUGAGGAUAGUGCCAAAACCUCCAAUAAAAGCUACAGGAAAGAAUCAAAUGACUUGCAGAUGUCAAAAAAACGAUUGAUGCAUCUGGUGAUCUUAACUAGCCCAUUAGUGUUCAAAAAUUAUCUUCCAGUGACAGUUUCAGUGCUCAUCGAUAAUGGUGGUAUUACACGUAGUGCAGCACUUUCCAAGGUUGAAACUUCUUUCUUUCACAUCGAUUCCUCAAAUGACCUGACAAUAACUUGUAGCAUUGAGCGCUUUAGACCUUCAGUCCUCAAAUUUCCACGUGCUGAAACAUUUAGUGCAAUGGCUAAGUUCAGUGGAACCAAGUUCUCUCUAUCUGAAACUAUUGCUUUUGAUUCUGAGCCACUUGACGGUCCUUUGUAUGUCACCAUGGAGAAAAUAAUGGAUGCAUUCUCAGGGGCUCGUGAAAUAUGCAUUUCUGUUCCAUUCUUGAUAUAUAAUUGCAUUGGUUUUCCUCUUAUUUUAUCAAACUCUGUCAAUGAGCUCAAGGGCAAUAGUUGCAUUGUAACUUCAUGUUACGAUUUGCAUGAGCACGACCCAACGCUUGGCAGCAAAGUUGGGUUGAGUAUGCUUUCUUCUACUCAGGAUCUCCUUAAAGCUCCAAGGAAUUCUCAUCUAGCAUUCAGUUCAUUAAGAAAUAAAAUUGACAAGAAAGCUGUUGACUCCAAACUGUAUAACAAAUUCUCGAGUCCAUAUGGUCCAUCAAAAUUGUGCCAUGGGUGUGCUGAGAUGCCUGACUUGGAUGCUUCAAGAUCAUCACUUCAUAUGCCUAAGGAUGAGUCUGGUACAAACAGACAAUUAAAGUUGAAACCAGACAUGAACUCUUCUGAUUUUGAGGGAAUUGAUUGUAAGAAGGCCAAUCCUUGCAUGUACUCUCCUGGUCAGAUUUCUAGUUCUGGUGAAAUAUUGGUCAGGUUGAGUAGAUGCCUGCCUGAUACUGUUUCCAAAGAAAUCCCCAGUUCUUUGUGGUCGAGCCCAUUUUUGCUUGUUCCACCAACUGGUUCAACUAGUGUAGUUGUUCCUCAGCUGUGUGGAAAUGCUGGGUACCUGGUAUCUGUUAGUGCUGUUGCUGCACCAUUUCCUGGAAGGACAAAGAUUAUAACAUUUCAGCCAAGGUAUGUUAUCAGCAAUGCAUGCAGCAGGGCCUUGUUUUACAAGCAAAAGGGUACUGAUCGAGUUUUUCUUCUUGAAGCUGGACAACAUUCUCAUAUUCAGUGCAUAGAUAUAGCCAGGGAGUUUCUUGUUUGUAUUCGUUUUCAUGAACCUGGAUCGCAGUGGUCAGGUUGCUUCUCACCAGAGCAUCUAGGUGAUACUCAGGUUAAAAUGUGGAAUUAUGCAUCUGGUUCUGUAAACAUGAUCCGUGCGGAAGUGCAGAGUGCUGAUGUUUCCAUUGAAGAUAACAAGGUAGUUGGAAGUGCUCAUGGAAAUUCUGGAACGAACUUGAUACUCUUAUCUGAUGAUGAUACAGGCUUUAUGCCCUACAGGAUUGACAACUUUUCAAUGGAGGUUGGUAAUCAUUUGAUCCUUGCUUUGACAAGAAUGGUAUUUUAUCAUGUAGUAGCAGCAAGGCAUUUGAAGUUUUCUAAGAGACUACGAGUUUACCAACAAAGAUGUGAAACCUUUGAAACUAUGGUUCACUCUUACACAUCUCAACCUUAUGCAUGGGAUGAACCUUGCUUUCCACACCGUCUGACUGUUGAGGUGCUUGGUGAGCGCAUUAUAGGGAUAUAUACACUUGAUGAUGUCAAGGAUUACUCACCAGUAUACUUACCUGCAACUCUUGAGAAACCCGAAAGAACUUUGCUGGUUUCUGUUCAUUCUGAAGGAGCAAUUAAGGUCCUCAGCAUUAUUGAUUCCAGCCACCAUGUUUUGAAUGAUUUGCCUACUUCAGACACCUUUAAGUUUAAAAUUAAGCAAAAAGAAGCACAAAAACGUGAAAGUUUUGGUCCUUUUAACCAAAGGAUAUUAGUUGACAUUCCCUUUAUUGGGAUCUCUCUAAUGAAUUCCUACCCAGAGGAGUUGCUCUUUCUUUGUGCAAAGAAUUCAAGAAUUGAUCUUACUCAGAGUGUUGAUCAACAAAAGUUUUGCUUGCAUAUCUCAUUCUUGCAAAUUGAUAACCAGUUGCCAAGCACUCCAUACCCUGUCAUUUUGUCCUUUGACAAGUGCUAUAAAGGCAAUAAGGACGAUAGGAAAAUGAUUACAGGUCAAAUUGAUUCCGAUAGGUUGCAAGAACCAGUGAUCUACCUAUCUGUGGCAAAGUGGAGGACCAAAAAUAUGUCGUUGGUGUCAUUUGAACAUAUUAACUUAAGAGUGACAGAUUUUCAUCUUGAGCUUGAGCAAGAUUUGGUGUUAAGUCUAUUAAGAUACUUCAAAACUAUGCAAAUGAGGUUCCAAACCAGGGUUCUGCAGCAAGUAGAUUCUACACUUUAUCCAUCUUUUUCUGACCCUGGCAUUGUCAAGGAUACUAAUGCACAAAUUCAGGCCCUUGUUACUACUUCAUAUCAAGAAGACUGGAGAAGCUCUUCGCUUCCUCCAGUAAUUCCUAUUGGAGCUCCCUGGCAGCAAAUUCACCUUCUAGCGAGAAAGCAGAAGAAAAUAUAUGUUGAACUGCUUGAUCUGGCACCAAUUAAGAUGACUUUAAGCUUUUCCAGCAGCCCAUGGAUGCUUCGAAGUGGGGUCCUUGCAUUGGGAGAAUCCCUCAUCCAUAGGGGUUUUAUGGCCCUAGCAGACGUCGAGGGUGCAAAUAUUCACCUUAAAGAGCUAAUUCUUUCUCAUCAGCUGGCUAGCUGGGAAUCCAUCCAGGAGAUCCUUAUCAGGCAUUACAGUAGGCAGUCUCUUCAUGAGAUGUACAAGUUGUUUGGUUCUGCUGGCCUUAUUGGCAAUCCUUUGGGAUUUGCGAGGAGCGUCAGUCUUGGGAUAAAAGAUUUUGUAUCAGUUCCUGUCCAGAAUGUUUUUCAAAGCCCUGUAGGACUCCUUACAGGCAUGGCACAAGGCACCACCAGUCUUCUGAGUAACACACUCUAUGCGAUAAGUGAUGCUGCGAGUCAAUUCAGCAGAGCAGCACAUAAGGGUAUUGUUGCUUUUGCAUUGGAUAACCAGAAUGUUGGGCAGAUGGGAAGGGAAAAAAAGGGAAUUUCAACUAAUAGCAAAGGUGUAAUUAAUGAAUUUUUGGAGGGGCUUACUGGCCUUCUCCAAUCACCUGUUCAAGGUGCUGAAAAACAUGGCCUACCUGGAGUUGUUUCAGGCAUUGCUCUAGGUGUAACAGGACUUGUGGCAAAACCAGCAGCAAGUAUCCUUGAGGUUACUGGAAAAACAGCACAAAGCAUCAGAAACCGAAGCAAAAUUCCUCAUGUCGGUUCACAGCGAUUUAGAGUACGCCUACCAAGGGCUUUAAGUGAAGGAUGUGCACUGAAGCCUUACUCUUGGGAGGAAGCCAUUGGAACAGCUGUGCUUAGGAAUGCUGAAAAUGUUGCGAAACUGGGAGACCAGAUCUUAAUCAUGUGUAAAGCACUUAGACAGGGUGGUAAAUUCGUCAUCGUCACAGACAGAAGUAUCUUGGUGGUGAGUUGCUCCAGUCUGGUUGAUUUGGGUAAGCCCGAUUUCCAGGGGGUUCCGGCCAGCCCAGAGUGGGUCGUAGAAGCAGAUAUUGGAAUGGACAGUGUAAUUCAUGCCACUAUUGAUGAAUACGCAGUACACAUAGUAGGAAGCAGUAUGGAUACCUUCUCGAGGGCAUCCCCGCACCAGCAGCAGAAGCACAGUCAGGGAAGUCGGGUAAAGCGGUGGAACAAUUAUCAGAGUCCUCUUCCUCUAUUCCAGACUAACUUAGAGUUUGCCUGCAAAGAAGAUGCACAGGACCUUCUACAAAUGCUUUUGUCUACUAUUGAGAAGGGAAAAGACAGAGGCUGGGGCAGGACCUACAUUCUGCACCAAAGCAAUCUCAAAUAGCCAAACAGGAGGCAGACUUCUUCCAUUCGCAAUUCAAAUGAGUAUAUUUUUCGCCUGCCACUGAUUUUUAACGAUGCCAGUUCAUUGCUGAAGUGAGUUCCAAGCUGUGUACAUUAAGCUUCUUGUUGUACAUUGUGUACAUAUUUGUACAUUUCAUUCGUAGUUCAGCUUUCUAGGUCUUUUUCUUCGUCGCGAGCAGAAUUCAGAGUCCAACCACACAUAGGUCUGUGUUCUUGAAUAUCCCUUGUUUAAGGAGUAAUGCUUCCAGUAUAGAAAUCUUUUUUGUAAACCUUGCCACCCUUUUCACCCUAACAAUGCUUCCAAUAUCAUGUAGAUUACAAAAGGCAAACUUGCUGUAUUCAACAUAACAUGUAAAUGCAGGGGUCUUGUCCAUCCUUAGAU